UUUCAGAAAAGAAAAAACCUAAUAAUACACUUGCAGCACAAUUGGCAAAAUUGACAAAUCCUGCUCCAAAAGGUAUAAAUUUUGCUAGUAAACUUCGAAAUAAUCUACAACUCACUUUAGAUGAUGCAAAAUAUGUUGGUAAACAUUGUACCAGAAAAGAUAUUUUUGAUGUUGUUGAUAUUCUUGAUCAAGAUAGUAUGAAAAACAAUGAUUUUGAUAUAAAUAAUAGACAGAUAUCAAAAAUGUUUGAAGAUCAAGAAAUGAUCAAUGAUGUUGGAUCAUCAAGUAUCGGAAGUGAUGAAGUAAAUGAUGAUGAUAAAGAAAUCAUUACAGAAGGAAAGAAUGAUGAUAUAGAAUUAAAUGAUAUUAAUUCUAUUCGAAAAGAAUUAGUGAAAAUUGAAGAUGAUGAAAGAAAUUUAUUGAAAAAAAUGUCACAGAGUGCUCAAGAAGACAUAAAUAAGGGUAAACAUGUAAAGACACAACUUGGUCUUUGGGAUACUUUCCUUGAUAUGAGAAUAAAAUUCCAGAAAGCCGUAACAAUAUCAAACAGUUUUCCACAGUAUAAUAUGUAUUCUCAAUUUAUAACAACACCAGACACAAAAGAUUUAAUCCAUGAAACAAAAUUUGAAUUAAAAGAACUUCUUGAUUCAUUAAUAAAUUUACAAAAGGAUUUGUGUAUAAACAAUGAGAAUAUAAGUAUUUCCAACAAUAUUGUGAUUAAUCAUAAAAGGCGUCAUGGAAAUGAAAAUGAUUACUUGGACUAUUUUUGGAAUGAUAUGCAAGAGACUCACAAAAAUUUUUUACCAUAUCGUACACAAACAAUCAAUAAAUGGAAUAAUAAAGUUCAAAUUGCUUCAGAUGAUCCAGUUGCAUCAGGAUUGAAAUGGGCUGAAAUCAAAAAAACCAAACAAAAGAAAAAACCAGUCGACACUAAAGCAAGUAAAGGCAGAAAAUUGAGAUAUCAUAUCCAUGAAAAAUUACAAAAUUUCAUGGAUUUUGCAAAUAAAAAUUUGAUAGAAGAAAAAAAUAGAGGAACUAAACUAGAUGGAUUAAAAAUUUUUGGAUAA